GAAUUAUUCGAAACAAGUUUGUUUCAAAACUGUCAAAUCCACAAGAAAACAGUAUAAAUCGUAAUAGUGUGGAUAGAAUCGCGAGAAUUACUUUUAUUUUUUCGUUGUAUCAUUUUCUUUUCAAUGAAUAUUUGAAAUUAUUUUCGAAAAAUUUCAUGAACUAUCUUCUAAAUAUUACAUUUCAUUUGUCAGAAUAAAAAAAAUGUGAAAAUGUGUUGUAAAACCCCAAUGCAAAGCGAAUGUCUUUUAUUUUGUUUUCGUUUAGUUUAGUUAUAACACGCAAUCAGCAUUUGUAUUGUAUGUAUUUUGUGAAGACAUAGACAAAUAGAAAUUGAAAGCAUCGUUAAUGUUGUAAAAAUAACUAAAUAAAGAUGGCGAGUGGAUUGAAAUGCAAGAAUUGUGGAUCGUCAAACAUUGAAGUGGACAGUGGGCGAGGCGAUGCAGUUUGUACGAAUUGUGGUUCGGUUAUCGAAUCUGUUAUUAUUGUUUCGGAAGUACAAUUCGAGGAAGCAGCGCAUGGAACAAGUUCGGCCGUUGGACAAUUCGUGGCGGCCGAUUCAAAAGGUGGUGCAACGGGUUAUGGAAAAUUUCAUGUUGGCGUUGGCACCGAAUCACGUGAAGUGACUUUGCGUAAAGCUCGUCAAGGUAUUACACAUUUGAGUCAUCAGUUGCAUUUAAACAAUCAUUGCAUCGAUACUGCAUGCAAUUUCUUUAAAAUGGCAUUGAUGCGACAUUUAACCAGAGGACGAAAAAAUACACACAUCUAUGCAGCUUGCGUAUACAUUACAUGCCGAACAGAAGGCACUUCACAUUUACUGAUCGAUAUUAGUGAUGUGUUGCAAAUAUGUUGCUAUGAAUUGGGACGUACUUAUCUGAAAUUGUCACAGGCACUCUGUAUCAACUUACCAUCCAUUGAUCCCUGUUUAUACAUAAUGCGGUUUGCUACAAAGUUGGAAUUUGGUGAGAAAACACACGAAGUUUCAAUGACGGCACAACGAUUGGUGCAACGAAUGAUGAAAGAUUCCAUACAUUCGGGCCGACGACCCUCUGGAUUAUGUGGGGCUGCAUUGUUAAUAGCAGCUCGUAUGCAUGAUUACAAUCGAACGCCAAUGGAUAUUGUGCGAAUUGUAAAAAUUCAUGAAUCAACAUUGCGCAAGCGUCUUAUUGAAUUUGGUGAUACGCCCAGUAGUAUGUUAACAUUGGAUGAAUUUAUGGCAGUUGAUUUGGAAGCCGAGCAAGAUCCACCAGCAUUUAAAGCAGCAAGAAAACGUGACAAAGAACGACUGCAAAAAUUACCUGAACAUGAGGCUGAAUUUACGGAUUUGCAACGUGAAAUUGAUAGCUAUUUGGAUCAAGAGUUGCGGCGAGGUUCAAGAAAACGUCGAAACGAUUUAUCGGAAAGUGAAGAAACGGAUAAAUUUAUACGAAACUCAACAUUAGAUGUGAUAAAUGAAUGUUUAGAAGAAAACGUUGACGAUCCAGCUUCGGACGAUCGACUAGCAUAUAAUCGAGGUAUUGCACCUGAUAUUGCAGCCAUGUGUGCACCUGUUGUUGAUUAUAAAAAAUCUGAUGUAGAAAACGAACAAACACAGCAAACUGAAACUGGCGAAUUGGAUACUGAUGGUUUAGAUGAUGAAGAAAUCGACGGAUAUAUUAUGACGGAAGAUGAGUCAAAAUACAAAGACGAAAUGUGGAAUAAAUUAAAUGCUGAUUAUCUUCGCGAAGCAAAAGCCAAAGAAGAACGAUUGGCCAAAGAAAAAGAAGAAGGUAAACCCGAGAAGAAAAAACGACGUGUCAGUAGAAAGAAAAAUAUCGGACCAUCGAAUACAGCCGGCGAAGCCAUUGAAAAAAUGUUACAAGAAAAGAAAAUUUCCACGAAAAUCAAUUAUGAGAUUCUGAAGACAUUGACUUCACCAUCUGUAGCCACUACUAGCAUUACCACUACCAUAACUGAUAAUGAACCAAACAAUACGAAUGAACUAAAAACUGAAAAUCUCAACGCACCAUCCGCGAGCACAUCUUAUUCAAGCACCUUUAAACAACCGAGAAGGAAACAAGAGCCUGUACUAAAUAUUAAAUCAUCGAAAUUGAAACCAUAUGAGUUAGCAAAAACGCUAAUAAAAAAGUCCGAGAUGAGCGAGGAUGAAAAUGCUGAAGAGGACGAUAUUGAUGAAGAAAUUGGUCAAGAUACAGAACAAAUUUCAUUGGCUUCUAUGUUAAAUGCCGGUGAUGAUUAUUACGGAUAUGAUGAAACCUACUGAAAUGUUACACAUUUUAUAAAUUGUAAAUUUUUUAUUAAAUAAAAAGAGUUUAACACAUAA